GGGGGCAGGAGGGACCGGGAAGGCGAGGGGGGCCCCGAGGCCCCUCCCAGCGGAGCCCGGGAGCAGCGCAGGGCGACCGAGCCAGCCCCGGGCGGCGACCGUGGCCAUGGCGGCCAACAUGUACCGGGUCGGAGAUUAUGUUUACUUUGAAAACUCCUCAAGUAAUCCAUAUCUUAUCAGAAGGAUAGAGGAACUGAAUAAGCAGACCGGCAGUGGGAACGUAGAAGCCAAGGUCGUGUGCCUAUACAGGAGACGGGACAUCUCCAGCAGCCUAAAUGGACUGGCGGACAACCACGCACGAGAGUUUGAAGAGGACUCGAAGCAGCCCACACUGGUGGAUCAGGAGCGGCAUCAGCUCAAACACCGAGAGCUCUUCCUCUCUCGUCAGUUCGAAUCGCUGCCGGCCACACACAUCAGGGGGAAGUGUAAUGUGGCCUUGUUGAAUGAGACGGAGAAGCUGAGCGAAUACCUGGAUAGAGAGGACUGUUUCUACUACUCUCUGGUGUUCGACCCCUUGCAGAAGACGUUGAUCGCUGACCAGGGCGACAUAAGAGUUGGGCCCAAAUACCAGGCUGACAUCCCUGACAAAUUGAAAGAAGGCGAGUCUGAUAAUAGGAACCAGAUGAAGAUGGAAACCAAGGUGUGGGAUCCGGACAAUCCACUAACUGACCGGCAAAUUGACCAGUUUCUCGUUGUUGCUCGGGCGGUGGGGACCUUUGCUCGUGCGUUAGACUGCAGCAGUUCCAUCCGGCAGCCGAGCUUACACAUGAGUGCAGCUGCGGCCUCCAGGGACAUCACGCUGUUCCACGCUAUGGAUACGCUGCAACGUAACUGCUACGAUCUCGCCAAAGCCAUGUCAACUCUCGUUCCCCAGGGGGGGCCUGUACUAUGUCGGGAUGAGAUGGAGGAGUGGUCGUCCUCUGAGGCCAUGCUCUUUGAGGAGGCGUUGGAGAAAUACGGCAAGGAUUUCACUGACAUUCGGCAGGACUUUUUGCCCUGGAAAUCGCUGGCAAGCAUUGUCCAAUUCUAUUACAUGUGGAAGACCACGGACAGAUACAUCCAGCAGAAACGGUUGAAAGUAGCUGAAGCUGACAGCAAGUUGAAGCAGGUCUACAUCCCCACUUACACGAAACCAAAUCCCAAUCAGAUUGUGUCCGUGGGGUCAAAAGGAGGGUUGAUGAAUGGCGCAACAGGAUACCAGAAGCCGGCCGCUGGCCUGACCUGCGAGAGUUGUCACACCACGCAGUCUCAACAGUGGUAUGCCUGGGGACCUCCCAACAUGCAGUGCAGGCUGUGUGCCUCCUGUUGGAUCUACUGGAAGAAGUAUGGUGGCCUGAAGACUCCAACAGCACUGGACGGCGACAAGCAACGCCUUCCUUCGGAGCCCAGGUCGAAGGGCCUGUGUGGGCGCCAGGACGGUCAGGGCUUCCUGUCCUACAACAGCUCCAAGCUCCUGGCUAAGAACCGGCAGACAUUCCUCCUGCAGACGACCAAGCUGACCCGCAUCGCCCGGCGCCUCUGCGAGGACAUCCUGCGGCCACAGAGGGCAGCACGACGCCCCUACUUCCCGGUCAACAUCGGUGCCAUCAAGACCGAGUGUGCCGUCAGACUCCCAAAAGCAGCAUUAAAGCCACUCAGGAUCCGGCCUGUCACUAGGCCGUCGUUAGCCACUAUCGUGAAGGAUUUGGCGGAGCUAGCAGCACGAGGUCUAAUGAAGCCGAGGAUUCUGAAAGGGAGUGAGACGAACCGGACUCUACUGAAUAUCAACCGUGGAACGGUGUCCUUGCUGGGCAAACGCAGCUUCAAUAAGCAGAAUGGGAUUCAGGGAGCUUCGAGUCCUGUUCACAUAAGGCAGAUGACUGCCAGCCCCCAUUUGACCCCCAGCAGACCUUUCUCAUCUGGGAUGAAGUCGGACCAAGUUAGCACUGAGCCAGCAUUGAAGCGGCAGAAGUUAAACCCUGGAGAUGCCCCUGACCCAAUUGUCUUCGUGGCCACUGACCACACCAGGGCGAUUCGGAAAGCUUUGACGCAGUCAGAGAUGAGGAGGGCUGCGCGGAGACCGUGUGUGCAAGUCAACGUAAAGUCCACUGGCGCAAGUCGCCCAGCAGUCCUGGGGGAGCCCAUUGUCCUGGAGGAUUGACCAUGCCCUUGCACGUUCUCUCCCAGAGUAUAAUAUGCACAAGUACGCAGGCACACAUGCACACUUAAUCACAUGCACUUGUGUGAAUGCCUACUAGUCCACACUCGCUGACAUUCUCUUUCUCGAGCCCACACACUCUCUCGUGGACAGUCUCUUACACUCAUUCUCGGACAGUCCCACGGACAAAUACUCUCACACUCUUAGUCAUUCUCAGACACUCUCACAGACACAAACUCUUAGAGUCGUUCUUGGACACUCACAUGGUCACGUUCUCUCUCUCUCUUUCUCUCUGGGACACCAGCACACUCAUUCUCUUUCUCAGGCAUGUGCUCUCUCUCCCUCCUGAAUACUCUCUGUCUCGGACACUCUGCACCUCUCAUUUCCUGUGUGUCUGUCUCUCUCAGGCGCUCUUGCUCUCUCACGGGCCCAUUCAAGCCCUUCUCAAAUCUUCAGGGAUUCAUGUGGGGACAGAAAGGGAUGCUCUCGGUUUUGUACCUGGACUGUGGGAGUGCAGGGCUGAACCCGCCAUGCACUCCUCCGGUAGCCAGCAUCCCCCGAUAAUGCACACGUGUAAAGCAAUGUACAUAAAUCAUAGUAUCUGAUCUCCAGCUUUUUAUUAUUUUAUUGUUUCCCCCCCCCCCCCACCCUGCUUUUAUCCCUCCAGGGUACACCUGGAAGCCCUCAAUAAUGAAUUUCUGAAUGAUUGUGUUUUGGGGAAAAACUUGCAGUGAAUUCUUUUUCUAACAAAAAAAAUACUGAGAAUACUGAGUUGAAAAUUAGAAGUGCUGACCGCUUUGAUAUCAGGAUUAUUGACACGUGAUAAUAUUUUGUGUGCUUUUUAAUUCCUUUAUGCUUUUUUAAAAAAAAAUACUCCCAGUGUGUCUGCGCCGCCAAGGGAGGCUCUCGCUCGUUUGGGGUGUCGGGCGGUGCCCAAGGUGGCACUUGGGGAUUUUUGAGUGCACUUGUCUGGAGGUUUUUAGACACGAGUCCAGAUAUGGCAACCAUUUUUGUAAAAAAAAACAAUUAAAGUUUUUUUUUCCACUCUA